CAGUGGAAAAAUAAGUAGGGCUCUCGGAGAGGGUGUGAUAACAGGGCGGCGGCCACCAGGUGGCAGCAUUUCACUCUGAAUAAUAAUAUGGUCCUUCAAAGACAAACUGAUCUGCAAUCAGCCACAUCACCUGAAGAAGAGUUAGCCAGUUAUUGAACCAGACCGACCCUGGAUCAGCGUGUGCAGAAUGAAAGCGCUUUUAAAGAGCUGAAUCAUGUUUAUCAUACAUUUUGUUUGUUUGUUGUUGUUUUUGGUAAAUAGACGGCUUAAUUUAACUUUUGUCAUGGUUUUCCAGUUUCCCCAUUAGUUCAGCCAUUUAUUUGACAUAACCAGUGUUUUUACUAAUCUAAUGUGACGGUGCACGUUUGACACACACUUUAAAGUGACUGAUUUGUCUAAGGCCAUGCAGUCCGACAGCCGAGUCGAGCCUUUCCUCUUCUCGUUAAGGUAUCACAUGUUACACUGGGGCCAUGCAGCGCAGAGUAGGGAAGUAAAGACACUUCCUUCUUCCUACCACACUGAUUGCACUGGAACCAGCGAGUUUAACAGCGUCUGACGGUGGCGGUUAUGUGGAUCUACAAGCUGGUCGCAGGCUGUUUCACCUGACAUUUCUGCCUUCCAACGUGGGAUUUUGCAGCUGCGGCCAAUGUCACCGGGUUCAACCAGGAAACCGUUCAGUUCUAGUGGAUCAUGUUAGAGUAGCACAGCCUUUCCUGCAACAAUGGCUGCAACGUAGUGCGACUUUUGGAUCCGCGGUGGAUGAACGACAUCGCCCAGGAGGUGCCGCUAACUUUUAGAGACUUGCAGGAGACAAAAAAGAUUGGAAACAUGAAGAAACAAUUCAAUCGCAUGAAGCAACUCGCCAACCAGACAGUUGGAAGGGCUGAGAAAACUGAGGUGCUGAGUGAUGACCUCCUACAGAUUGAGAGGCGAUUGGAGUUGGUGCGUUUGGUGUCGCACAACACGCACAAGAAGCUGGUGUCUUGUCUGCAGGGUCAACUCGGUACAGACACUGAAAAAAGACAUAAAAAGCUGCCUCUGACGGCACUGUCCCAGGCCAUGCAAGAGGGAGGCGCUCAGCUGGGAGAGGAGAGUCUGAUCGGCAAGAUGAUGGAUGUAUGUGGGGAGGCAGAGAGCAAGUUGGCCACUGAAAUGAUGCAGCAUGAAGUGCACAUUGAGAGAGACAUCCUGGAUCCUCUCAGCCAGCUGGCAGAGGUCGACAUUCCUAAUAUACUGAAACAACGGAAGCAACUUGCCAAGCUGGUUCUGGACUAUGACUCAGCCAAGACAAGGUGGUACCAGGCAGCAAAGUCCACCAACCAGGCCAUGGCAGCAAAGGCUGAUUCUCUGAAAGACGAGGUGGACGAGGCUCACAAUAAAGUAGAAAUAUGCAAGGACCAGCUCUCUGCAGACAUGUACAGCUUUGCUUCCAAAGAAGGAGAGUAUGCACGCUAUUAUGUCAUGUUAUUAGAGGCCCAAGCAGAAUACCACAGGAAGUCCCUGGCAGCUCUGGAGGCAGCUAUACCAACAAUCCAAAUACAACAAGACUCCUGGACAGAGAAGCCUGCAUUUGGUACGGCCCUGGAGGAGCAUCUGAAGAGGAGUAACCGUGAGAUUGCUCUGCCCAUAGAAGCCUGCAUCAUGAUGCUGCUGGAAACUGGCAUGAAGGAGGAGGGACUGUUCAGAAUAGCUGCUGGGGCUUCAAAGCUGAAGAAGCUCAAAGCAGCACUAGACUGUUCCACCUCGCAGCUCGAAGAGUUUUACUCUGAUCCCCACGCUGUUGCUGGAGCCCUGAAGUCCUACCUCAGGGAACUUCCUGAACCCCUAAUGACUUUUGGACUGUAUGAUGAAUGGAUACAGGCCUCCAAUGUGUCAGAUCCUGAUAAGAGGCUUCAGGCUCUUUGGGUGACAUGUGACCAUUUGCCAAAGACCCACAGAGCUAACCUCAGGUAUCUGGUGAAGUUCCUGGCUAAACUGGCUCAGGACAGUGAGGCUAAUAAAAUGACUCCCAGCAACAUUGCCAUAGUCCUGGGACCCAACCUGCUCUGGCAAAAGACUGAGGGCACGCUGGCAGAGAUGGCAGCAGCAACAUCUGUCCAUGUGGUUGCAAUCAUUGAGCCCAUUAUCCAACAUGCUGAUUGGUUCUUCCCUGAAGAUGUGGACUUCAAUGUAUCUGGCAUGUUUGCCAUGCCUACUCACCCAGCCACCCAAGAUCCUGAACCCAGCCUAGAUAGGAAACGCCCUGGCAGCCUGGUGGGGCAGGACGGGGACAGUCACACUCCCCGUAAAGACAGCACUGUUAACAAACAGCCGGAGCCCAACCCACGUAGAGCCAGCGCUGUAAAUAGAAAACAGCCACAGCUAACCUCACCCACCUUCCAACCCCCACUGCCCCCUGUCGAAACCGGGGUUCCUACCCAGCCUGAAUCCCAGCCCCAGGCUCCAUCCCUGGCUACAGAGGCUGAGCAGCCUGGCUUGAGUGGUGCUGGUGGUGGUUUGGGUGGUGUUCUGGGUGGUGGGGUCCAGGUAGCCACUGUGCAACUUCAGCUUGUAACCCAGCUCAGCACAGAGGAGAGCAGCCCAGCCAGUGAUGUCAUGGCCACACCCCCUCCCCAGAGGAAUGGUUCAGUCCAUCUUUCAGCAGGCACCCCCCACCCUCAGGGCGGGUCCAGGGGGCCUAGUCCACACAUCGUCCGCAGAGGCACCAAGAAGCAGGCCCCAGCCCCACCAAAGCAGGCCCCAGCCCCACCAAAGCAGGCCAGCCCCUUUUCCUCACAGCCCAGUAACACACAGACAGCCAGGUCUCAACACCCACCCAUCACUCCCCGACGCUGCUCUAGCAAAGAUGGCCUAAUCCAUGUCCCAAGCCAUCCGCCCCCGCAGCCUCCUCAACCCCACCAGGCCCAGGGGGAGCCUGAGCCCUCUCCCCCCAGCAGUCCCACCCCUCCUGGCACUCCACCUCAUGAUGGAUCCCACUCCAACACACACUCUUCUUGCCCCUCUGGAUCUCUUCCUCGCCCCUCCAGGCCAGCUCCAAGGCCACGGCCCCGACCCAGCAUGCCACCACCCCUUCAACCUGCAGUGAAUGACGAUGGAAAUGGCCUCUGCAGCUCCGCCUCCAAGAUCAUAACAGAUGGUGGCCUGGUCCUAAAGGGGGUAGGGCGAGCCCUCAUCCCUGAGGUGAUUGUGGACAAACAAAAGGAGAGCUCUGCUGGUCAAGAGCCCACCACCACCACAGCCCUGUCAUCAGACCCUCAGAUCCAGUUAGAGACCACCAGUCUGUGAAAAAAGAGAGCUCACUAUUCACCAUCACUCAGCUGGUCCAGAUUUGAAUGUUGAGAAUCAAAUAUCAGACAGGUAACUAAUGCAUCAGGGGGUUCGGGGGGUGAUGGCGACCUUUUCUUUUGAUAUAAUGUACUGACUGGAACCAGAAACCUCAGCUUAAUACAAUGGUCCAGCUGUCACCGGUCAGAUUAGACUUCACAUUUGCUCUAUAGACUGCUGGGUAUUUUGAUAUUGGACUAGAGCCUUGCUAGAUACAAGGCUAAUGAGGCUUAUAUAUAUAUAUACACACACUCUGUAUCCUCGCUGAUACAGCAGCCGAACACUGCUGGUGAAGCAUUGAAAGCUUUCAGUUGUCUCCUGCUUCUUUUUAAAAUACUGCUAUGGAUGCUAAUGAUUCAGUGCUGACAAAUCUGUGAAUUUGCUUGUAGCACACAGGCCUAGGAACUAGCUUUUUUUUAAUUUUUUAUUCAACAGUACAGAUAUGUGCAUUUGAGUAUUGACCAGCCACUGAUGAUCUAUUUAUCAUGAAAAGACAUUUUCUAAUUUGUCAGCUUAGGGUUUAGGGCUUUUGAAUAAGUCACACACAUACACCAGAGUAUAAAAUUACCAAAGACAUAUUUAUGGGCCAAAGAAAACUUUCUUUAUUAUAGUUAUUAA